AUGCCGGCUAACAGAGUUCAAUAGCAGCUGCUGCUGUGAUCAACAAACAAACAGACCGACCGACCGAAUAAACACUAAGAACCCGCGCGAUAGCAGGCGAGAACAAAGCUUGUGCAGAACAAUUAUUGUUGUUGGCCAUUGAUGCUUUGGUUGUGUUAAAAUUAUAUCCGCGUUAUUGUUAUUGUUGUUGUGAUUGUGAUUGUUUUUGCAGUGCUUUACGAUUGAAUUGUUCGCGCAAACAGCUUGCACAAACACGCACACAGCGAGCCUGUGGCACGAUUGUAGCUGUUGAAUAAAAUAAUAACGAAAAAAAUCGAAAAAUUAAAUAAAAUCGAAAAAUUAAAUAAAAUCGAAAAAAUAAUAGAAUCGAAAUAAGAUAAAAAUUAAAUUAAAACUCAGUCUAUCGAAGCGAACUAAUUUGUUGUAAUUUCAACUUAGUAUUAAAUUAACGGUUGAGUUGUAACUGCUGCGCUACUGAGGCGACUGAGAAAGGAGUUCGGAUCGUCGAAUUAGAUUUUUCGCAUUAAUUAUUUAGCAAUACUUUUUGUUUUUGCUAAAAUGUGGUGUAAUCGCAAAGCUAUGAACUUGUUUUUGUUAUUGCUGGCUUUGUUGGCGUUUACGGCAAGCAAAUGUGCCAAUGCUGCGAAUCUAGCGCCAAUGCGCGAAAUGCAAAUCGUCGACGAUAACGAUGAUAUCGCUUCCAAUGUGCUCAGCUAUAUCAAAUUGGAGGCCUACAAAGAGCGCCAGCAGCGAAAUGUUGAUGAAGACUCCAAAAUGAAUGAAGACUACGAUAUGGAUGAUGACUACGACAUGAAUGAAGAACUUGAGGACGAAAGCGAUGAUGAUGAGUUCUGUGUGUGGCAUAAAUGUGAUAAUGAUUUGCGCGAGCCACGUGGCUUUCGGAAAUACUUUGAUUUGUCGUUUUUGAAGAAAUUCAUGAGUCAUCUGAAUCCUUUCGGUAUGUCUAACUUGAAUAUGAAUUUCUAUCUCUUCAAGCGGGACUUCCCCGAAUGUGGGCAUGAAUUGAGCAUAAGUGAUAAGCGCGAAGAUAUAUUGCGUGCCGGCUUCAAUCCCAGGCAGCCAACGCGCAUCAUCAUACACGGCUGGAUGAGUCAGUCGCGCGGCUCUUUCAAUCGCGACGUCAAGAAUGCCUACCUUAAACGCGGCGAUUACAAUGUGAUUAUCGUCGAUUGGAGCGCCAGCGCCACAAAUGUCAAUUAUUUCGCGGUCGUCAAGUUGAUUGAAGGCUUUGGCGCACAGGUGGCACGAUUCACACAGCACCUGCAGAGCACCGUUGAUGCAAGAUACGAUGAUAUGUAUCUGAUCGGUCACUCGUUGGGUGCACAAAUCGCCGGCGCUGCUGGUAAAAUCAUUAAACCUGCGCGCUACAACACCAUCUUUGCUCUGGAUCCUGCGGGCCCUAAGUUCAGGCAUCGUAGCGCAGAGUUUCGUAUCGAUCCGUCAGAUGCCAAAUAUGUCGAAUCCAUACAGACCAGCGGUAAUUUAGGUUUCCGCGAACCCACCGGCAAUGCCACAUUCUAUCCGAAUUAUGGUUUAUACCAAGGGCGCUGCUACUACGUGGGUUGCUCACACAUACGCGCCUACAAAAUGUUUGCCGAGUCCAUUAUAACCGAUGCGGGUUUCUGGGGCACGCGCUGUGAACGUCGUGAGCCGGAGUGGCAGUGCAAUAAAGAGAUGUCAUCGGAGGAUGAGUAUCGUAUGGGCGGUGAGCCUGCACAACAGAAGAGCGGUAUAUUCUAUGUGAAGACGAGAACUGACGCGCCAUUUGCUUUGGGUCGCGACUGGCAGAGCGAGGAGUAGUGAGGCAGGAGAGAGUUUAAGCGAGAGCGAGAGUAAGGACUUAUAAGCUGUAAUGUGAAAUGAGAUCUUUCUAAUUGUGAUACUUGUUUAUGGAAUCAAUGCUUGCCAACCGAACUUAGUCAUAUACAUACUUAUACGAGUAUACUAUUUUAUAUUAAAUUUCUGUUAAUUUUUGUAUGAAUAAAUGUUUGCUAUUAUCGUAUAUUGUAUAGUUAUAAAUAUUUCAAUCACGAAUAAAUAAUUUUUAUAUAAAGCAUA